GUUGGCGGCCGAGCGGUCUAUAUCGAGUGGGUGGGAGAAGACUUUAGUCUCUUUUAGCUCCCGUUCCACUUAAUCUUCCGCUCGCUCUUCCCUUCCUCCGAUGCGUCGUCGCCUUGUUCUUGAUCGACAACUGAGGAGGAUCCCGUCCCUCUUGCUUCCGGACCUGAGCCCUUAAUCUUGUCUUUUCCGGUAUGACUCCUCGGUGUCUGUGCUUAAGUCUUUUUCUGGCCAAAAUUUGCCUUUUUUUCGGGGACGGACUUGGAAUCCUACAGUGUUAUGAUUCAAUUUGAUAGCUUCUUCAAAAUUUACCUUUUCUUGGAGAGUAGCUUCAUCAACAUUUACCUUUUUCGGGGUUUUCCAACGACUGGGUGGAAGACCAAGUUGGUCCCCUUUCGCCCCCUUUCGCCCCCUUUCCAUUGAUCUUUCGCUCGCCCUUCCUCCGACGCGUCGUCGCCCUUGUUCUAAUCCAGAACCGAGGAGAAUCGCAUCCGUCUGCUUCCAGACCUGAGCCCUAAUGUUGGUUUUUUCCGCAUGACCAAUCUUGGGCCAUCGAGACGGGUUACAAAGAGGAGUGCCCGAGAUAAUAUUCAAUCCAAAAUGGUUCUAGAUGUAGAUCUCAAUUCUCCACCUCUUGAGAUCCAUGAGCAAGAAGCAUCUUCUGGUUCCAGACACCCUGCUGCAUCUCAUGGAACAUCUGCUUCCAUCAAUCCUCGGCAUAUUUAUCCCAGUGGACAGCAUCAGGGUUCUGCCCCACAGCCCUAUGAUGUUUUAGACAGUUCACUUAUUGAUGUAGAUGCCAUCGAGGAUGAGGUCCAGAUGCUCUCAUCCCCAAGAGGGUUUCCUCAGGCAAGGAAUCAUUCUAGGAGAAAUCAACCUGUGACAGUAGUCCUCGAUGAAGAUCUUGACACAAGUUCAAGAAUAUCAGAGGGAUCAGCAACCAUAUUAUCUUUGAAUGAUCACAAUAAGCAUGAAAGAAGUUCAAGAAACAUUUCAGUUAUUAAUUGUGAGCUUUAUCCAGCUCUGGAAGAGGAGUCCAACGUGAAGGGCAAGAAUGUCAUGGAAGCCAGGCCGGAGCCGCCAAAGGAACCAGCUUUCAUCUGCCCCAUCUGCAUGGACACACUGGUGGAGCCAUCGUCAACUAUUUGCGGCCAUAUUUUCUGCUGCAGCUGCAUAAAGGCGUCCGUUAAAUCUCAGAAGAAGUGCCCUACUUGUCAAAGAAAGCUAAGCAUGAGCAAUUUCCACAGGGUGUAUCUUCCAACUACUACUGACUGAGAUUGAGAGGAAGUGGAGCAACAAAGAUUAGCCUGUGCUUGAUCGCUACUGGAAGCGGAGCAUCACAGGUGUGUGCUCGAGCCUGCACGCAGCUUUUUAUAUUCAGUCUAUUUCUUUCAUUUUUUUAUUCGGGCAUUCCCACACAUCAAACUGUGUCCAAAUCUGACAGUCAAUCUUUGACCUUUGUCAUCUGAUUUGGAUCUUCUCUAGCUAGCUAACCUUCCUGCC